AUGAACGACGAACUAAUUAACAGUGCAGUCAGCUUUUUAAAGGAUGCAAAUGUAUCUUCUUCACCUUUGAACAAAAAGAUUGAGUUUUUGGAAUCGAAAGGACUUAAUGAACAAGAAAUCGAAGAAGCAUUAAAACGAGCUAAUGGACAAAGCUCGUCAAGUCAAACAGCUAAUCAGCAGCAGUUAACACAACCACAACAACAGCAACAGCAACAACCAUUGCCAUCGCAGCCACCUAUUGACUAUUACAACGUGGCAGCACCUCAAGUUCCAGAAAGAACAUGGCAGGACUACUUUAUCAUGGCCACGGCUACAGCUGGGGUAACGUAUGGGUUAUACCAAGUUGUCUCAAAAUAUUUGAUACCUAGCAUUAUUCCGCCUACGCAGAAAUCGAUCGAUGAUGAUAAGGCUAAGAUUGAUGAAGAGUUUAUUAAGAUAGACAAGUUAUUAGAACAAAUGUCUAUGGAACAAAAUGAGAUCAAGGAAUCGAACGAAUCGAAAUUAAAAGAAAUUGAUAUUGUCAUCGAAAAUGUUAAUGAUUUCCUUUCUAAAUACAACAAGGACAAGUUGAAGUUCGAUGACGACUUGCGGUUAAUGAAAUUGGAAAUUGAUAAUUUGAAAAACAGCAUUGAAAAGAAUAUGCUGCUGACAAAAGAAAAUAUCAGAGACGAGUUGAAAGAUAUUAAUGAAGAAUUGACAUCUUUGAAGCAAUUGAUCAAGGUAAGGGCUGAAAAAUCAGCCUCAAGUGAUCCUGCUGGACCAUCAAGAAAAAUUGCCCCUGUAUCGUCAAUCCCAUCUGCGUCGGAGAUUUUAAAGAAAGCCAAAGCAGGAAGCUCUAAUGAUGCCAAUAAGCCCAAAACUUCCAGUAUUACACGCAUGCCUGAAGACUCAUCUACAAGUUCUGGUGUAGCCGCUACCACUAGCGAGCCAUCUAAAACUUCGACAUCUCCUAAGACUGUAGUUGCAGCUGGUAUACCAGAAUGGCAAUUGAAACAUAAGCAAAAAGAAGAAGAAAAAAACAUGCAAAGUGAAAGCGAUUCUAACCCUCCUAAUUCUGACUAUAAAUCACAUACUGACCCUGGUACCAAUGAUGAUGUUGUCAAAAAUAAUCUUGCCAAUGUAGGUGUUCCUUCCUGGCAAUUGAACUCUAAUACUAAAUCCAGUUCUAAACCGGAAUCAAACCAAUCAGAUAAUAUUCCUUCGUGGCAAUCUAAUGCGUCUACCUAA